CGCUAUCAAACGAUUUAUUUUUUACUUAACCGUUUUGUUUUAGUACUGCACAUAUACCGUUAUGUGUUCUGCUUUUGGUUUUAAAGUUGUUGUAAAAUGGACUCGCCUUUAUUUUCUGAACUCCAGCACAUUUUGCCGCUCCCAAACCUUCCCGGACUAAAACCGCUGAGACAUGAACAUCAGCACAUUUUGCCGCUUCCAAACCCUCCUAGACGAAGACCGCUGCGUCGUGAACUUCAGCGCAUUUUAUCGCUUCCAAAUCCUCAUGGACGAAGACCGCUGCGACGUGGUGUGAUUCCCAUCACUCCGAGGCCCUUUGGACAACCUGCAGGCGGUCUAGGAGCAGACAGGCGCACGUCUUUCUUUGCACCUUCCGAUGUGAUACCCGUCCUUCCGCAGCCCUUUGGACAACCUGCAGGCGAUCUUAGAGCAGACAGGCGCACGCCUUUCAUUGCACCUUCCGGGAAACGCAGAAGCAACUUCACCGAUGUCUGCAGAAUUGGUAGAUCGCUGUUCCGAUUUGACAGCAACAUGAACUAGAAAGGGCAUUGGACACAAGAAUAUUUUUAAUGAUAAAACUAAAUUAAUAAUUGGUGGUGACAUGCAUUCCUUAUAAAUAAUGGUGUAGAAACUAUAACUAUUAUGAGUUUAAGAAAAUGGUGGGCUUUCCCUAAUCGUGUGUCGUAAGCUAAGCUUUGGAAGGUUUGUGAUAAAUGUAUUCAUAAUAGUUGUAUUAUAUUGUUUGCUUUAGCAUUAGUAGGAGUUCUUUUGGGCAUAUUAGUUAUCUAUAACAUGUCAUACGUAAUGCAUGAAAAUAUACAAUGUUUUAUCACUUGCCAA